UUCAAAAUGCAAAACGCGUAGACAACUAAUUAAGAACUAAGAAGAGAAGGGGAAAAGAAGAUCGGCAUCAUCUCCACGCUCACGGAUUUGGCGGACCAUCAAAGCCACCUUAGCGAAACGAAUCUGCUGUAUAUGACAUUUCAUACGAAGAUGGCGACAGAGAGACACGGUUCUUUACCCUCGACAUCUCACGAAGAUAACGUCAUGUUUCUGGAUAUACUGCAUGAGGCUCCUUUACUUGGUAACCGCAAAUCCAGAAGCAUUUUUGGGAGCAUUUUCUACUGUUUCUUCCUGGCAGGUUACGCCGUGCUGGCUGCGGGAGCUCCAUGGAUUUUCCGUCCUAUACAGGACUUGAUGUCCCCGUUGCUUUGCAGUUGCAGUGUUGUUCUCUUACUAGUCACAGGCAUCUUUCAGCAAUAUCUGGUUUACCAAGUCCAGAAAAUACGCUUGCAGGGUUACUAUAGCUUCAGCCAAAAGUUGAAGCAUGUUGUUCGCCUACCUUUUGCCAUUACUGCAUAUGGAACUGCUGCAAUGCUACUAGUGAUCGUAUGGAAACCCCACAUUGGUAUUCUUUCCAUCUCAACAAUAUUGAGGAUUAUUAUGAUAAUUGAAGCAAUAUGUGCUGGAUCUUUCAUGAGUAUCUAUAUUGGUUAUGUACACCAGUACAAUUCAUUGAAUUCUCAGCCCGAUGUUCUAAAGUCAUUAUAUUCUCCGCUUCAACCAUCAAGUUCUUUGGAAGGUUUGAGGUAUCAUGAAGGUGGUCGACUCUCUGAUGAGCAAAUGGCUUUGUUGCAAUACCAGCGUGAAAACCUUCACUUUUUGAGUGAGGAGAUUCUGCGAUUGCAAGAGUGCUUAAGUAAAUAUGAACGGUCUAAUGAUGGAAGCACACCUCAGGUUGAUCUUGCCCACAUGUUAGCAGCUCGUGAUCAGGAACUACGGACCCUUACCGCUGAGGUGAAUCAGCUGCAGUCUGAGCUAAGGCUUGCUCGUUCUUUGAUAGCUGAGAGGGACUCCGAAAUACAGCGAGUGCGCACUACCAACAACCAGUAUGUCGAAGAGAAUGAAAGACUAAGAGCUAUUUUAGGAGAAUGGAGUACCCGAGCAGCAAAGCUUGAACGAGCAUUGGAGGUUGAACGAAUGUCAAAUCUCGAACUGCAAAAGAAGAUCACAACACUCAGAAAUCAACCAACUGCAUCAGUGGAACCCACAGAAAACCGUGGAGCAUAGUCACACUGCACAAGAUAUGCAUAUGUUGACAUGUUUUUACUAUUCCACAAUGCUGCAAUCAGUGCCAUUCCUUUCGUAGGUUAAAUGAAAGCGGAAUUAAAAAAAAAAAUUAAAGAAGGAAAGAAAGAUUCAAAGAAAGAUCAAGAAGCGUGUACAGAAGGUCAAGCAUUGCAGCUCAGAUUAUUGAAUGU